UGGCCCCCUGAGCUAGGCCUAGACUCCACGAGGGCCCGAGGGGCGGGGCGCCGGCUUCAGUACACUGGGUGGGAAGGGACAGUUUUCAAGGUGGAUAUUCCCAACUCCCCCGGGGGCGGAAAGCGGGGAUGCUCCCCCAGCCGCAAAUCCGAGAAGAAAACAUCUAACGAAGAUGAAGACUGCACCAGUUCUUGGGCCGUGAAGUCUCCCAACUGCGUGGCCUUUGUAGCCUGCUCAGGCAACUACGGGGAGAAACAGCAAAUCAAGGUUAUGAGUUUAAACCACCCGUCUGCCAAUUCCAGCGCCUCCUGGUCCGACCGCUCAGGGUCCCCCACUCCGAAGCGCUCAACAGGAAAGCUUCAGUGUUUGGACCAGCGAGAGCCCGAGAGCGAGAAGCACGAACACGAACACGGCUAUAAAAAGAGGAGAGCCAGAGAGGGCAACGCUAGCAAUACGGUUCACUCUCUGUGGCUGGGAACAUCUUCCACCAUGGCCACCUCAGCAAGUUCCCACUUGAACAAAGGCAUCAAGCAGGUAUACAUGUCCCUGCCUCAGGGCGACAAAGUCCAGGCCAUGUAUAUCUGGAUUGAUGGUACUGGAGAAGGACUGCGCUGCAAGACCCGUACCCUGGACUGUGAGCCCAAGUGUGUGGAAGAGUUGCCAGAGUGGAAUUUUGAUGGGUCUAGCACUUUCCAGUCUGAAGGCUCCAACAGUGACAUGUACCUUAUCCCUGUUGCCAUGUUUCGGGACCCCUUCCGCAAAGACCCCAAUAAACUGGUGUUCUGUGAAGUUUUCAAGUAUAACCGGAAGCCUGCAGAGACCAAUUUAAGACACACCUGCAAACGGAUAAUGGACAUGGUGUGCAACCAGCACCCCUGGUUUGGAAUGGAGCAAGAAUAUACUCUGAUGGGGACUGAUGGCCACCCCUUUGGUUGGCCUUCCAACGGCUUUCCUGGACCCCAGGGUCCAUAUUACUGCGGUGUGGGAGCAGACAAAGCCUAUGGCAGAGAUAUUGUAGAGGCUCAUUAUCGGGCCUGCUUGUACGCAGGAGUCAAGAUUACGGGGACAAACGCUGAAGUCAUGCCUGCCCAGUGGGAAUUCCAAGUAGGACCCUGUGAAGGAAUCUCCAUGGGAGACCAUCUGUGGGUGGCCCGUUUCAUCUUGCAUCGCGUAUGUGAAGACUUUGGAGUGAUAGCAACCUUUGAUCCUAAGCCCAUUCCAGGGAACUGGAAUGGUGCAGGCUGCCACACUAACUUCAGCACGAAAGCCAUGAGGGAAGAGAAUGGUCUGAAGUACAUUGAGGAGGCCAUCGAGAAACUAAGCAAGCGGCACCAGUACCACAUUCGAGCCUAUGAUCCCAAGGGGGGCCUGGACAAUGCCCGGCGCCUAACUGGAUUCCAUGAGACCUCCAACAUCAACGACUUUUCUGCUGGUGUAGCCAACCGUGGUGCCAGCAUCCGCAUUCCUCGGACUGUUGGCCAGGAGAAGAAGGGUUACUUUGAAGACCGUCGCCCUUCUGCCAAUUGUGACCCCUUUGCUGUGACAGAAGCCCUCAUCCGCACAUGUCUUCUCAAUGAGACUGGCGAUGAGCCCUUCCAAUACAAAAACUAAGUGGACUAGACGUGCAGCCAUCGAGCCCCUCCUAGUUCUUUGCCUUCCUCCAGCUCUUCCCCGUCUUCCAGUUGUCGUACUUGUCCCCAUUGUAACUCAAAGGGUGUAAUAUCAAGGUCUUUUUACUCCUCGUGCUCAGUUAAUUUUGCUUUCUUUGGCCAGGAUAAGAGGGGUCGGGUUCUCACCCACCCGCUCUGUCCCUAUCACGGAAACUUUCUAAUGCAUUAGUUGGGACACGGAUAGGGAAACUAACCACUCUCCCCCUCAAGUGUGCCUGUUCAGUAGGUGUAGCUAUCCAGAUGGAGCAGAUGUGUUUGCGAAGCAGCAGAGGGGAGGAAGAGAUUUUUAUUCUUCAGGGUAGCUGAAAGGGGAAAGACCUGAUAUGGGUUAAGUGAGGUUCUCUUGAUGGGAAGCUCUAUUUUCGAAGGUAUAAGUAGAAAUUAGAGAAGGAAAUGUAGUUGAGGAUCAGGGAGGAUUGCCCUUCCUCGGUUUCUUGCUACAAUGCUCCCCUAUUAGCGCUCCACUCCCCACCCCUAUGAACACAAAGCUGAGUAAACUGAUGGAUAUCCCUACCUUCAAAGAAAAAGUCCUUAACCGCUUGGCCCUCCAUUUAUAACAAAGCAGAGUAGUAUUUUUAUAUUUAAAUGUAAAAACAAAAAAAGUAUAUAUGGGUAUGUGGAUAUGUGUGGGGUUUUUUCUAAAAGGAGGAAAUCAUCCUGGUCACUGGGUGCCAAGUUGGAUUCAGAAAUAAGGAUCUCCUUUUGGAUAGGGGUAAUGUGGCUCCUAGUCCUUCCUUAACAAGGUUGUCUCCACCCUGCUCACCCUUAUGCAGAAGGAGGACACUGGACAGUUAGCAGGUGGAUACACAGUCCUGGCCAUCACCUGAGCCUUGUGGCUGAGUUUAGACAUACCUGUCCACAGCUGAGUUUAGAAGUGUGCAUUGGCUGGUCAACUUGAGCAUGUCACUGACAGGUACAGGAGUUCUCUUCUGGUGGGGCUAGCAUGUCACUAAAACAGGCCUUUUGAUAUAAAUUUUUUUAAAGCAAAAGUUUAGAUUUUAAUCAAAUUUCUAGGGUUUUUAAGCAUACUUUUACAGAAUUGCCUGUUUGCUUCUACUGUCUCCUUCCACUCUGUUCUUGGAGUUGGGGACAGGACUAGAUAGAGUUAAAACACUUGUAAUUUUGUAUCCUAAUGUCUUCCCAAUAUAGAAUGUUCUUUUCUUGUUUCUUAAGGAGUUGUUUCUUUUAAAAUAAACCCCACCUCCAUUCCUA